AGUGCACAUGCAAACCACUGGGAGGAGUGCGGAACGUCUGGUACGGAUAGGGGUGGGGAUUUGGGUGACGCAUUUAAAAGACAGUGUGAGACUUGCGCCCUCCGGCACGGAACAGGCCGGGCGACAGGUGUCGCUUGAAAAGACUGGGCUUGUCCUUGCUGGUGCAUGCGUCGUCGGCCUCUGGGCAGCAGUUGUUGCCUAAAUUUCCACAAAUAUAUGCCUUGCUGGAGUGCAGUGAUGUGAUCUUGAUUUACUGCAACCUCCACCUCCCGGGUUCAAGUGAUUCUCCUGCUUCAGUCUCCUGAGUAGCUGGAAAUACAGGUUUACAAACGAGGAAAACGACUUCUUCUAGAUUUUUUUUCAGUUUCUUCUAUAAAUCAAAACAUCUAAAAAUGGAGACCUAAAAUCCUUAAAGGGACUUAGUCUAAUCUCGGGAGGUAGUUUUGUGCAUGGGUAAACAAAUUAAGUAUUAACUGGUGUUUUGCUAUCCAAAGAAUGCUAAUUUUAUAAACAUGAUCGAGUUAUAUAAGGUAUAACUAUAAUGAGUUUGAUUUUGAAUUUGAUUUGUGGAAGUAAAGGAGAAGUGAUUCUGGCUGGGGCAUAUUGUUAAAGCAUUUUUUUCAGAGUUGACCAGGCAAUCUCCUACUGGCACAUUCUCCCAUUAUGUAGAAUAGAAAUAGUACCUGUGUUUGGCAAAGAUUUUAAAACGAGUGACAGUUAUUUGGAACAAAGAGCUAAUAAUCAAUUCACUGCAAAUUAAAGAAACAUGCAGAUGAAAGUUUUGACACAUUAAAAUACUUCUACAGUGACAAAGAAAAAUCAAGAACAAAGCUUUUUGAUAGGUGCAACAAAUUUAGAGGAAGUAAAAAGAUAAAUGUGAUGAUUGGUCAAGAAAUUAUCCAGUUGUUUACAAGGCCACUGAUAUUUUAAACGUCCAAAAGUUUGUUUAAAUGGGCUGUUACCGCUGAGAAUGAUGAGGAUGAGAAUGAUGGUUGAAGGUUACAUUUUAGGAAAUGAAGAAACUUAGAAAAUUAAUAUACAGACAGUGAUGAAUACAAAGAAGAUUUUUAUAACAAUGUGCAAAAUUUUUGGCCAGGGAAAGGAAUAUUGAAGUUAGAUACAAUUACUUACCUUUGAGGGAAAUAAUUAUUGGUAAUGAGAUGUGAUGUUUCUCCUGCCACCUGGAAACAAAGCAUUGAAGUCUGCAGUUGAAAAGCCCAACAUCUGUGAGAUCCAGGAAACCAUGCUUGCAAACCACUGGUAAAAAAAAAAAAAAAAAAGCCACAAUGACUUGCUUAUUGGUCAUUGCUAGUAUUAUUGACUCAGAACCUCUUUACUAAUGGCUAGUAAAUCAUAACUGAGAAAUUCUGAAUUUUGACAAGGUCUCUGCUGUGGAAAUGGUAAAUUUAUUAUAUUUUUUUGUCACGAUAAAUUCUGGUUCAAGGUAUGCUAUCCAUGAAAUAAUUUCUGACCAAAACUAAAUUGAUGCAAUUUGAUUAUCCAUCUUAGCCUAUAGAUGGCAUUUGGUAACUUUUGACUGUUUUAAAAAAUAAAUCCACUCUCAGAGUAGAUUUGAUGUUGGCUUCAGAAACAUUUAGAAAAACAAAAGUUCAAAAAUGUUUUCAGGAGGUGAUAAGUUGAAUAACUCUACAAUGUUAGUUAUUUGAGGGGGACAAAAAAUUUAAAAUCUUUGAAAGGUCUUAUUUUACAGCCAUAUCUAAAUUAUCUUAAGAAAAUUUUUAACCAAGGGAAUGAAAUAUAUAUCAUGAUUCUGUUUUUCCAAAAGUAACCUGAAUAUAGCAAUGAAGUUCAGUUUUGUUAUUGGUAGUUUGGGCAGAGUCUCUUUUUGCAGCACCUGUUGUCUACCAUAAUUACAGAGGACAUUUCCAUGUUCUAGCCAAGUAUACUAUUAGAAUAAAAAAAAGUUAACAUUGAGUUGCUUCAACAGCAUGAAGCUGAGUCCAAAAGACCAAAUGAACAAACACAUUAAUCUCUGAUGAUUUAUUUUAAAUUGAAUAUUUAAUUGUGUAAGAUCUAAUAGUAUCAUUAUACUUAAGCAAUUAUAUUCCUGAUGAUCUAUGGGAAAUAACUAUUAUUUAAUUAAUAUUGAAACCAGGUUUUAAGAUGUGUUAGCCAGUCCUGUUACUAGUAAAGCUCUUUAUUUGGAGAGAAAUUUUAAAGAUUGUUUUGUUCUCCUUAUUAGAAGGAUUGUAGAAAGAAAAAAAUGACUAAUUGGAGAAAAAUUGGGGAUAUAUCAUAUUUCACUGAAUUCAAAAUGUCUUCAGUUGUAAAUCAUACCAUUAUUUUAUGUACCUCUAAGAAAUAAAAGUGCUGCUAAUUAAAAUAUGAUAUGCCAUUAAUUAUGAAAUACUUCUUGAUAACAGAAGUUUUAAAAUAGCCAUCUUAGAAUCAGUGAAAUAUGGUCAUGUAUUCUUUUCCUCCUUUGAGGUAGGUCUUGUGCUUUUUUUCCCUGGCCACUAAAUUUCACAAUUUCCAAAAAGCAAAAUAAACAUAUUCUGAAUAUUUUUGCUGUGAAACACUUGAUAGCAGAGCUUUCCACCAUGAAAAGAAGCUUCAUGAGUCACACAUUACAUCUUCAGGUUGAUUGAAUGCCACUGAAACAUUCUAGUAGCUUGGAGAAGUUGACCUACCUGUGGAGAUGCCUGCCAUUAAAUGGCAUCCUGAUGGCUUAAUACACAUUAGUCUUCUGUGAAGGGUUUUAAUUUUCAACACAGCUUACUCUGUAGCAUCAUGUUUACAUUCUAUGUAUAAAGAUUAUACAAAGGUGCAAUUGUGUAUUUCUUCCUUAAAAUAUAUCAGUAUAGGAUUUAGAAUCUCCAUGUUGAAACUCUAAAUGCAUAGAAAUAAAAAUAAUAAAAAAUUUUUCAUUUUGGCUUUUCAGCCUAGUAUUAAAACUAAUAAAAGCAAAGCCAUGCACAAAACUACCUCCCCAGAGAAAGGCUAGUCCCUUUUCUUCCCCAUUCAUUUCAUUAUGAACAUAGUAGAAAAUAGCAUAUUUUUAUCAAAUUUGAUGAAAAGCGCCAACACGUUUGAACUGAAAUACGACUUGUCAUGUGAACUGUACCGAAUGUCUACGUAUUCCACUUUUCCUGCUGGGGUUCCUGUUUCAGAAAGGAGUCUUGCUCGUGCUGGUUUCUAUUACACUGGUGUGAAUGACAAGGUCAAAUGCUUCUGUUGUGGCCUGAUGCUGGAUAACUGGAAAAGAGGAGACAGUCCUAUUGAAAAGCAUAAAAAGUUGUAUCCUAGCUGCAGAUUCGUUCAGAGUCUAAAUUCAGUUAACAACUUGGAAGCUACUUCUCAGCCUACUUUUCCUUCUUCAGUAACAAAUUCCACACACUCAUUACUUCCAGGUACAGAAAACAGUGGAUAUUUCAGUGGCUCUUAUUCAAGCUUUCCAUCAAAUCCUGUAAACUCCAGAGUAAAUCAAGAUUUUUCUGCCUUGAUGAGAAGUUCCUACCACUGUGCAAUGAAUAACGAAAAUGCCAGAUUACUUACUUUUCAGACGUGGCCGUUAACUUUUCUGUCACCAACAGAUCUGGCAAAAGCAGGCUUUUACUACAUAGGACCUGGAGACAGAGUGGCUUGCUUUGCCUGUGGUGGAAAAUUGAGCAAUUGGGAACCGAAGGAUAAUGCUAUGUCAGAACACCUGAGACAUUUUCCCAAAUGCCCAUUUAUAGAAAAUCAGCUUCAAGACACUUCAAGAUACACAGUUUCUAAUCUGAGCAUGCAGACACAUGCAGCCCGCUUUAAAACAUUCUUUAACUGGCCCUCUAGUGUUCUAGUUAAUCCUGAGCAGCUUGCAAGUGCGGGUUUUUAUUAUGUGGGUAACAGUGAUGAUGUCAAAUGCUUUUGCUGUGAUGGUGGACUCAGGUGUUGGGAAUCUGGAGAUGAUCCAUGGGUUCAACAUGCCAAGUGGUUUCCAAGGUGUGAGUACUUGAUAAGAAUUAAAGGACAGGAGUUCAUCCGUCAAGUUCAAGCCAGUUACCCUCAUCUACUUGAACAGCUGCUAUCCACAUCAGACAGCCCAGGAGAUGAAAAUGCAGAGUCAUCAAUUAUUCGUUUUGAACCUGGAGAAGACCAUUCAGAAGAUGCAAUCAUGAUGAAUACUCCUGUGGUUAAUGCUGCCGUGGAAAUGGGCUUUAGUAGAAGCCUGGUAAAACAGACAGUUCAGAGAAAAAUCCUAGCAACUGGAGAGAAUUAUAGACUAGUCAAUGAUCUUGUGUUAGACUUACUCAAUGCAGAAGAUGAAAUAAGGGAAGAGGAGAGAGAAAGAGCAACUGAGGAAAAAGAGUCAAAUGAUUUAUUAUUAAUCCGGAAGAAUAGAAUGGCACUUUUUCAACAUUUGACUUCUGUAAUUCCAAUCCUGGAUAGUCUACUAACUGCCAGAAUUAUUAAUGAACAAGAACAUGAUGUUAUUAAACAGAAGACACAGACAUCUUUACAAGCAAGAGAAUUGAUUGAUACGAUUUUAGUAAAAGGAAAUAUUGCAGCCACUGUAUUCAGAAACUCUCUGCAAGAAGCUGACGCUGUGUUAUAUGAGCAUUUAUUUGUGCAACAGGACAUAAAAUAUAUUCCCACAGAAGAUGUUUCAGAUCUACCAGUGGAAGAACAAUUGCGGAGACUACAAGAAGAAAGAACAUGUAAAGUGUGUAUGGACAAAGAAGUGUCCAUAGUGUUUAUUCCUUGUGGUCAUCUAGUAGUAUGCAAAGAUUGUGCUCCUUCUUUAAGAAAGUGUCCUAUUUGUAGGAGUACAAUCAAGGGUACAGUUCGUACAUUUCUUUCAUGAAGAAGAAACAAAACAUUGUCUAAACUUUAGAAUUAAUUUAUUAAAUGUAUUAUAACUUUAACUUUUAUUCUGAUUUGGUUUCCUUAAAAUUUUUAUUUAUUUACAACUCAAAAAAAAUUGUUUUGUGUAACAUAUUUAUAUAUGUAUCUAAACCAUAUGAACAUAUAUUUUUUAGAAACUAAGAGAAGAUAGGCUUUUGUUCUUAUGAACGAAAAAGAGAUAGCACUACAAACACAAUAUUCAAUCAAAAUUUCAGCAUUAUUGAAAUUGUAAGUGAAGUAAAACUUAAGAUAUUUGAGUUUACCUUUCAGAAUUUUAAAUAUUUUGGCAUUGUAUUAAUACCAGGAACAUGAAGCCAGGUGUGGUGGUAUGUGCCUGUAGUCCCGGGCUGAGGCAAGAGGAUUACUUGAGCCCAGGAGUUUGAAUCCAUCCUGGGCAGCAUACUGAGACCCUGCCUUUAAAAACAAACAGAACAAAAACAAAACACCAGGGACACAUUUCUCUGUCUGUUUUGAUCAGUGUCUAUACAUCGAAGGUGUGCAUAUAUGUUGAAUGACAUUUUAGGGACAUGGUGUUUUUAUAAAGAAUUCUGUGAGAAAAAAUUUAAUAAAGCAACAACAAUUACUUUUA